AUGCCCAGUGCCCCAUACCCAGUGCCCCUGGUGCCCCCAUACCCAGUGCCACUGGCGCCCCCAUACCCAGCACCCCCGUACCCAACACCCCAUACCCAGUGCCCCUGGUGCCCCCAUGACCAGUGCCCCCAUACACAGUACCCCAUACCCAGUACCCCUGGUGCCCCCAUACCCAGCACCCCAUACCCAGUGCCCCUGUGCCCCUGGCACCCCCAUGCCCAGCACCCCCAUGCCCACCCCCACACACACGCCCUGCAGUUCGUGAAGGUUCCGAGCGGCGUGGCCCCCUCCGUGCUCUUUGACCUCCUUCUGGCCGAGUGGCAGCUGCCAGUGCCCAACCUCGUGGUGUCCCUGGCGGGUGAGGAGCGGCCGUUCGCCGUGAAGUCCUGGCUGCGGGACGUCCUGCGCAACGGGCUGGUGAAGGCGGCUCAGAGCACAGGAGCCUGGAUCCUGACCAGCGCGCUCCGUGUGGGCCUGGCCCGGUACGUGGGACAGGCCGUGCGUGACCACUCGCUGGCCAGCACGUCCACCAAGGCCCGCGUGGUGGCCAUCGGCAUUGCCUCGCUGGGCCGCGUCCUGCACCACCAGCUUCUGGACGACGCCCGGGAGGACAGCCCUGUCCACUACCCCGCGGCCGAAGGCAGCAGCCGGGGCCCCCUCUGCUCCCUGGACAACAACCACGCCUACUUCGUCCUGGUGGAGCCCGGGCCUCCCGGGAAGGGGGACGGGCCGACGGAGCUGCGGCUGACGCUGGAAAAGCACAUCUCGGAGCAGAGAACCGGCUACGGGGGCACCAGCAGCAUCGAGAUCCCCGUCCUCUGUCUGUUGGUGAACGGCGACCCCAGCACCCUGGAGAGGAUCUCCAGGGCCGUGGAGCACGCUGCCCCGUGGCUGAUCCUGGCGGGCUCAGGGGGCAUCGCGGACGUGCUGGCUGCCUUCGUGAACCAGCCCCACCUCCUGGUGCCCCAGGCAGUGGAGAAGCAGUUCAAAGAGAAGUUUCCCGGAGAACGUUUGUGCUGGGAGGACGUCGUGCACUGGACCCAGCUGCUGCAGAACAUCACCUCCCACCCACACUUGCUCACCGUGCACGACUUCGAGCAGGAGGGCUCUGAGGAGCUGGACACCAUCAUCCUGAAGGCCCUGAUAAAAGCCUGCAAGAGCCACAGCCAGGAGGCACAGGACUACCUGGACGAGCUCAAGCUGGCCGUGGCCUGGGACCGCGUGGACAUCGCCAAGAGCGAGAUCUUCAACGGGGACGUGGAGUGGAAGUCCCGCGACCUGGAGGAGGUGAUGAUGGACGCGCUGGUGAGCGACAAGCCCGAGUUCGUGCGCCUCUUCGUGGACAACGGCGCCGACGUGGCGGACUUCCUGACGUUGGGGCGGCUGCAGCAGCUGUACCGCUCGGCGCCCCCCAAGAGCCUGCUGUUCCACCUGCUGCGGCGCAAGCACGAGGAGGGCCGGCUGACGCUGGCCGGCCUGGGCGCCCAGCAGGCCCGCGAGCCGCCCGAGGGCCCGCCCGCCUUCUCCCUGCACGAGGUGUCCCGCCUGCUCAAGGACUUCCUGCACGACGCCUGCCGCGGGCUCUACCAGGCGGUGAGCGGGGCCCUGGGCCGGGCGGGGCGGGGCCGGCGGGGCCCGGCCGGGCGGCCCGAGGCGCGGAAGGGGCUGCCGGACCUGAGCCGGAGGAGCGAGAACCCGUGGCGGGACCUGUUCCUCUGGGCCGUGCUGCAGAACCGCCACGAGAUGGCCGCCUACUUCUGGGCCAUGGGCCAGGAGGGGGUGGCCGCCGCUCUGGCCGCCUGCAAGAUCCUCCGUGAGAUGUCCCACCUGGAGGCGGGGGCCGAGGGGGGCCGCGGCGGGAGCGAGGCCAAGUACGAGCAGCUGGCCCUGGGCCUCUUCUCCGAGUGCUACCGCAGCAGCGAGGACCGCGCCUUCGCCCUGCUGGUGCGUCGGAACCGCUGCUGGAGCAGGACCACCUGUCUGCACCUGGCCACCGAGGCCGACACCAAGGCCUUCUUUGCCCACGACGGGGUGCAGGCUUUCCUGACCAAGAUCUGGUGGGGGAACAUGGCCUCGGGCACGGCCAUCCUGCGGCUGCUGGGGGCCUUCCUCUGCCCGGCCCUCAUCUACACCAACCUCAUCACCUUCAGCGAGGAGGCCCUGCUGAGGACGGUCCCCGAGGGCCUCCAGGAGCUGGACGGCCUGGACUCAGAGAGGAGCCUGCUGUGCAGCCCGGGCAGCCGGCGGGACGCGCUGACCGGGGCACCAAGGGCUCGGGGUGACCGAGGUCCACGUGCUGCCUUCCUGCUGACGCGCUGGCGGAUGUUCUGGGGGGCGCCCGUGACCGUGUUCCUGGGGAACGUGGUCAUGUACUUUGCCUUCCUGUUCCUGUUCACCUACGUCCUGCUGGUGGACUUCAGGCCACCUCCCCAGGGGCCGUCUGGGCCCGAGGUCACCCUGUACUUCUGGGUCUUCACACUGGUGCUGGAAGAGAUCCGGCAGGGAUUCUUCACGGACGAGGACACGCGUCUGGUGAAGAAGCUCACCCUCUACGUGGAAGACCACUGGAACAAGUGCGACAUGGUGGCCAUCUUCCUGUUCGUCGUCGGCGUCACCUGCAGGAUGCUGCCCUCAGUGUUUGAGGCGGGUCGCGCGGUCCUCGCCGUGGACUUCAUGGUGUUCACGCUCCGACUCAUCCACAUCUUCGCCAUCCACAAGCAGCUGGGCCCCAAGAUCAUCAUUGUGGAGCGGAUGAUGAAGGACGUCUUUUUCUUCCUCUUCUUCCUGAGUGUGUGGCUGGUGGCCUACGGCGUGACCACACAGGCCCUGCUGCACCCCCACGACGGCCGCCUGGAGUGGGUUUUCCGCCGCGUGCUGUACCGGCCUUACCUGCAGAUCUUCGGGCAGAUCCCGCUGGAUGAGAUCGAUGAAGCCCGCGUGAACUGCUCCCUACACCCCCUGCUGCAAGAGGGCUCAGCCUCCUGCCCUAACCUCUAUGCCAACUGGCUGGUCAUCCUCCUGCUGGUCACCUUCCUGCUGGUCACCAACGUGCUGCUCAUGAACCUGCUCAUCGCCAUGUUCAGCUACACGUUCCAGGUGGUGCAGGGCAACGCGGACACGUUCUGGAAGUUCCAGCGCUACCACCUCAUCGCGGAGUACCACGAGCGCCCCGCCCUGGCCCCGCCCUUCAUCCUCCUCAGCCACCUGAGCCUGGCGCUCAAGAGGCUCUUCCAGAAGGGGACUGAGCAGAGGCGGGCACGCCUGGAGAGAGACUUGGCGGAGCCCCUGGACCAGAAGAUGGUCACCUGGGAGACGGUUCAGAAGGAGAACUACCUGAGCAGGCUGGAGAGACAGAGGAAGGACAGCAAGGAGGAGGUUCUGAGGAAAACCGCCCACAGGGUGGACAUCAUAGCCAAGCACCUCGGGGGGCUGAGAGAGCAAGAAAAGCGCAUCAAGCACUUGGAGUCACAGGUCAACUACUGCACAGCGCUCCUGUCCUCCAUGGCCCAGGGCGGCUCCUACCGGAACUCUCAGAACACCGAAGACGGACACCAGCAAGCCUCUGCCGAGCGCAGAGAGGGUGUGGGCAGCGGGGGGCACCCAGAGGCUGGCCGGCUGCUCUCGGACACCUGAGCAUUUGG